AUGGAUGACUCAUCUCAGAGGUGUGACGGCCAGUCUGACCUCGGAGAAGAUGUAAAGCCAUCAACGGCCAGCAUUUGGAUGCCGAAAUUCUUCACUGUGCCAACUCAGGCCGUCGUCACGACAGUCGAAAACAAACCUUCGGUUGACACUCCCCCUACCUCCAAUGAAACGGAACCCAAUGCGUCUGGUGAAGCACUGGAGAAUCUAGACGAAGUCCAAAUCGUACGGCCGUCAAGAAUCCGAACCAGAGUACCAGACCUUUCCCGAGUUAUUCCUUCGGGUCACGGUGUCAGGUAUUCAGCAAAUGAAAAGCACGAAUCCGUCGCCUACAGUAAAGAAUAUGCUAGUGAUGAAAUCGAGUGGGAAUCAGCCAGCUCGUACGAACCAGAGGCACAUGUCGAGAAACCGGAAGAGACCUCACAGUCCGAAUCUCCGUGCCACCUACCCAAAGUGUCGGGUUCUUGUGGAGCUAAACUCCUGCGAUUCCACUACGACGCCGUUAAAGGCCAGUGUAUUCACUUUUGGUAUUCAGGCUGUGGCGGGAAUCAAAACAGGUUCCAAUCCCUGAAUGAAUGCCAAAAGCACUGCAUUGAUCCCCGAAGAUGCGCGCGAUUCAUGCAUCCGGGUUUCCACUGUCGCCGCCGAGCACCGCGAAUGCUCUUCUACUUCGACUGCUGGCUCGGUCAGUGCAAAUCCUUCAAGCAUAACGGAUGUGGUGGCAAUACAAAUCAGUUUCAUUCGAUGGAUGAUUGCGUGGCUGCUUGUUCUCGGGGACAUAAACUCCGCACAACCAGCACAUCCACCUCCCAAUCGACUAAGCAACAGGUGCAGCCAGCCAACACUGCGCAGACUACAACCGCGAAUCCAAACAAUACCAUCAGCACGCCUGAAGUUUCAAAAAAAGGGUCAGCACCUUAAUACCUGGAGGAGGUGCCCGAUGAAAUUAAUUAAAUAAGAUGGUAAUGGCCGCAUAAAGCCAUCUUCAUUUGCAAAGCACAAGCUAGUUUGAUUUAAAAUUUCAAAUCCGAUGGUAUCAGUCUGUACUGGGGUGUGUGUCGACUUCCAGUUAUUUGGAGUUGCAUGCUGAUCAGCAUACCUAUCACAAUGUCAAUACGCCUGUCUUAAAAGUGUGAGUGUCUCAAUAACUCAUAAAAUAUACUACAAUUGUGAUCCA